AUGGUCACACCCGAGCUUCUCAUCUCAAUUUCUCAAUGGUUGACAAUUAUUCUCGGUAUUUGUUUCAUUACUUUCGGUCUCUUUGGUUCACUGAUGAACUUACUGAUCUUUUCUCAUCGACGAUUUCGCAAUAUUUCUUCAAGUCAAUAUAUUUUAAUUCAAUCGAUUUCCGAUAUGAUCACUUUGUGUGUUGCCCUUCUCGUUCAAGUGAUUGUCAAUGGUUUUGUCUGGCCGUACUUCUUUACCAUUCAAUUUCUCUGUUCAUUUCGUGGUUAUGCUUCAAUAGUUUCCACACAAACCGCCCUCUAUUCGAAAUGUUUAAUCGCUUUCGACAUCUGGUCGUCAACAUCUCGACAUGCCUCAAUUCGUCAAUGGAAUAAUCUCAAUCGAGCACGUUUCCUUAUCUUGAUUAAUAUUCUCAUUUGGGUGUUGUUUAGCAUUCCCUAUGCAAUUUUAGGUAGAAUUUUUUUGAUUAAAAACGUCUGGCAAUGCGCUAUAAUCGAUCCGACGUUCUUAAAUUAUCAUGGAUAUUUCUUCAUUCCGUGUUUAACUUUAUUCUUGCCAGUGUUGGCACUUUCGUUCUUUGGAUAUUAUAGUUAUGUACAUCUGAUGACGUUGAAUGCUCUACAUCAGAGAAGGCGACUGAAACGGCAAUUUGUCCGAAUGAUUCUGAUACAGAUUUUUGUUACAAUUAUCUCAUUUGUCCCUUAUACUUUACAAUAUACUUAUUCAACUGUGACAGCCAAUUGGCAGAAAAAUUCACAAUGGCUCGCUUUCGAUAGUCUGAUUGUUCAGAUUAGUCGUAUCGGGUUCUUUAUUAGUAAUGUUAUUGAAUUUUAUAUUUACGUAACUCAAUCACGCGAUGUUCGGCUUACUCUUCAACAAAUUUUCAAGAAUUUUAAUCUUAUACGUCGACACAAUGAUGUUCUUCCUACGAGCAUCCCAAUGGGUAAUACAAACACUCAUUGA